AUGAAACCAAGUUCAGGAGCCCUGAUCAUCAUCCUCUUCCAGGCUUUGGUAGCCCUGUCCCUGGCUGGGCUCUCUGUUUCCAAGGAUUUCGAUUUCUUCUACUUUGUUCAGCAGUGGCCAGGAUCAUACUGUGACACAAAGCAGAGCUGCUGCUACCCAACCACAGGGAAGCCCGCUGCUGAUUUUGGGGUUCAUGGGCUUUGGCCUAAUUACAACUAG